AUGAAUAUCUAUAGCAUCUACAACAUCUCCAGUAAUAUGGCUGGUUUCAUCCUCCUUGGGUUUCCCUGUCAUAGAGAGAACCAGCUCCUCCUCUUCUCAUUGUUCUUCAUCAUCUACAUUCUAACGCUCUUGUGGAAUGGAGCCAUCAUCUGUGCAGUAGUCUGGGAUCAAAAGCUCCAAACCCCAAUGUAUAUACUCUUGGCCAACUUCUCCUUCUUAGAAAUUUGGUAUGUUACUACCAUCAUCCCUAAUAUGUUGGUGAACAUCCUCUCUAAGACAAAGGUCAUCUCUUUCUCUGGCUGUUUCAUACAAUUCUACUUCUUCUUCUCUUUUGGUGUCACCGAAUGCUUUUUUCUAGCAAUUAUGGCAUUUGACAGAUAUUUAGCCAUUUGCCGGCCUCUGCAUUAUCCAACCAUCAUGACAGGACGUCUCUGCACCAACUUGAUAAUCAGCUGCUGGGUACUUGGCUUCCUCUGGUUCCUGGUCCCCAUCAUUAUCAUCUCUCAAAUGUCUUUCUGUGACCCAAAGAUCAUUGAUCACUUUGUAUGUGACCCUGGGCCACUGCUAGCUCUCAUGUGUACUCGAGCUCCUAUGAUGGAACUCACUUGUUCCACUCUGAGUUGUCUGAAUCUCUUUGCUCCUUUUGGAUUCAUCAUGGGAUCUUAUGCGCUUGUACUAAGAGCUGUGCUAAGAGUCCCUUCAGUAGCAGGUCGUCGAAAAGCCUUCUCCACUUGUGGUUCCCAUUUAGCUGUGGUGUCACUAUUCUAUGGAUCUGUGAUGGUGAUGUAUGUAAAGCCAGCUUCAGGGAACGAUUCUGGGACACAGAAGAUUGUGACUCUCUUUUAUUCUGUUGUCACCCCAUUCUUAAAUCCUAUGAUCUAUAGCCUUAGGAAUAGGGAAAUGAAGGAAGCCCUGAGGAAAGUUCUGGGGAAAAGAGAAUUAGAGUCUUAA